AUGGGUACACCUGAUAAUCUGACCCAAACAAAUCUUUUACCAGAGUGUUAUUAUCGGUUCUUUAGAACUUUAGAAGAAUCUGCGAAUGAGAAUUUCUAUCGUCGUGGAGCAGGUUUGAUACUUUCGCAUGACAAUACUUUAAGCGACCGAUUUGUUGGUCAUGUUUUUGGUUUGAAAUCAAUGACGAUCAAUGCAAACGUAACUGACACCUGCUCGUUGACCAAAGUAGAACAACGAUAUGGCGCUCUACACCCAAAUGAUUCAACACUAAAGAUAGGAGAUGACUCCAAUUUUGAAGCUGUCUAUUCUUUACUGUUGCCACCGUACGCAGCCAUCAGUUCGCUCGAGGUUGAAUACGAGGGUAAACUUCUGGUUGCCACUAUCAAAGAGAAAGAAACAGCUGCCAACGAAUAUAACGAUGCCAUCGCCUCUGGAAACUCUGCAUUCUUGGCAUCGAAAUCACAAUCCGGUCAAUUCCAAGUGUCACUCGGAAAUAUUGAUAUUCGAUCCAGUGUGGUGGUGAGAUUCACAGUGAUGUCUGAUGUUGGAUAUCAUAUGAAUUACCUACAGUUCUGCUUGCACAGAUUCUGGUUCCCACUUGGUCACUAUCCAGUGAAGAUCACCAUCGAUCUCAAAUUGAAGAGUAAUUUCGAUAAGUUCGAGGUCUCCAACUAUCAAUAUAAAAUUACCAAGACAACCGAUAGCCUUAACAACAUUAUAACUAUUGAAAGUGAAGAUGGUCUACCAAAGAAUAUUAUGGUUAUGGUGAGAUUGCUGGAAUCGGAUGCACCACAGUCAUUUGUUGAAACAAGUCCAGCCGAUCCCAAUCAAUAUGCUGUCGCCUUGAGUUUCAAACCAAAGUUGGAUUGCGAUUCGCUAAAGGUCAGACAGAAAGCAGAGUUUAUCUUUGUUGUCGAUUGUUCCGGUUCGAUGGAAGGAACUAGAAUCGCAUUGACCAGAAGAGUACUUCAUUUCUUGGUGAGAUCUCUGCCGUUUUCCUCUGUGAAAUUCAACAUCAUUCGUUUUGGAAGUAAUUUCAACAAGAUGUUUCCACAAUCAAAGAUCUAUGACGACGAUUCUGUUAGUGAUUCAGCAAUGUACAUUGAUAAUAAAGUGCAUGCCGAUCUUGGUGGAACCGAGCUCUAUCAACCAUUAAAGAGCAUUUUGUCGCAAAAACACGACGCUGAAUAUCCGAGACAAAUCAUUGUGUUGACCGAUGGUGGAGUCUCUGGAAAGGGUCACCUCAUUGAUUUCGUAAGGAAAGAGGAUUCAACAUCGAGAAUAUUUACCGUUGGUAUUGGAAAUGGAGCUGACCAAGAUCUUGUUAGAAGUUUGGCUGAGGCUGGAGGUGGAGAAUGUCGUAUGGUUAUGGAAAACUCUGAAUUUUUUGAAUCAGAAGUUCUUGAACUACUUUCGAUUUCACUACGUCCAAGAAUUUCUAAUCUGACAAUGAAUUGGCCAAAUAAGAGUGAAGUAAAGGUAAUUCAAGCACCUCGUAAUAUUCGUCCAAUUUAUCAUAAUGAAAGAAUGGUAGUCUAUGGAUUGAUAACUUUGCUAAAACCUGAGGAUUCAAUGAAAUCAUACACUGUUUCACUUCAAGGUACAAGUCCAACCGGUCAGACUUUGACAUAUCCAAUCGAGCUUGACUUACAGAAUACCGAUGGAACUGGAUUGAUGCUACAUACUGCAGCUGCCACGAUGUAUAUUGCUAGUUUGGAGUACGAGGAAUCAAAGAUCACCAAAGACAAUAGCAAACCACACAAAAAGACAAUAACGGAAUUGGCUCUAAAGUAUAAUUUGGUAUCAAACUACACUUCGUUUGUUGUUUCAGCUGACCGCGACCAACCAAACUACGAAACACUCAAACAAGUUAAUAUUCUAAACAAUUUUGGAGAAUUAUACCCAAGACAAGGUGUUAAACUUGGCUCAUCAGUACUCGUGAGUGCAGAUAGGUAUCAGUCUCAAGCGUCAAGCGGAUGUUGUUCCGGUGGAAGCUACACUCCUCCUCCUCCUCCCCCUACAAAAUCCAGCUUUUUCAAUUUUUUCAACAACAACAACAACAACAACAACUCAACCACCCAAACCUCAUCAACCACAACAACCCAAACCUCAACAAGUCAAUCAUCCAAACAUAAAGAAUUACUACUUUCAAUUAUAAAGUUGCAAAAUGCCAAUGGAUCUUGGAGCGUCACUUCAGAUACUAAAAAAUAUUUGACUGUUCAGUGUCCACUCAAAGAGAUUGAUAGUCAAGAUGAAUUGUGGUUGACAGUGUUGAUCAUUGCAAUGCUCGAGAAAGACUUCCCAUCAAUGAAGGCAAUCUACUCCAACAGCAUCUUGAAAUCUAAACAAUGGAUCAAUGACCAACUCCCACCAAACAUCACCCUCGAAAAACUUUUGGAAACAGCACAAUCAUUAACAAAACAAUCAAAUCCAUAA